AUGGCUGCCUCUCUGCCCCGGAAAACAGUAAACUUCAUAACCGGCAACCAAAACAAGUUGGCCGAGGUCCAGGCCAUUCUGGAACCUGAAAUCAAAGUCCAGAGCCAAAAGCUCGACCUGGUCGAAAUCCAGGGCACCCUCGAGGAGGUGACGCUCGACAAGGUCCGCAGGGCCGCCGAGCAGGUUGAGGGGCCCGUCCUCGUCGAGGACACAUGUCUGUGCUUCAACGCGCUCAAUGGUCUUCCGGGCCCCUACAUUAAAUGGUUCAUGCAGUCGAUCGGCCACGAUGGACUCAACAACCUCCUGGCGGCCUACGAGGACAAGUCCGCCCAGGCGGUAUGUACAUUCGGCUACUCGGCGGGCCCAGGAAGCGAGCCUGUCUUGUUCCAGGGCAUUACUGAGGGCAAGAUCGUUCCCCCGCGAGGGCCUACGUAUUUUGGCUGGGAUGCCAUCUUCGAGUACGAAGGCGAGACAUACGCCGAGAUGGACAAGGUAGAGAAGAACAAGAUAUCACACAGAGGCAAAGCUCUGGAGAAGCUUCAAGAAUGGUUCGCUCAGCAGGAGAACUAA